AACUCUUGAGUCUUCACUAUAAUAUAAAGUCGAGACACCAGAGUCCAGGAUACAAUGCUCUCUCUUUAAGCUGUCUUAAACUUUCUUUUCUUUCCACACAUUCGUGCUUAGAUCUUUGAAGGUUCAGAAAACAUGAGAUGCCCAUCUCCUUACCCUCCAUCCUCACCUUUUCUUCUUCUCUUCCUUCUUGUCUCCUUUCUCUCUUCUUUCUCAUCUUCUGCUCCCCUGAAUUCUCUAUACAAAGGCUCUUUUCUGUCAGUUGAAGAUGAAUCAGACUUUCUCAUAUCUCCAGACAAAUCCUUCACCUCUGGGUUUUACAUGGUUGGUACAAAUGCCUUCUGUUUCGCAAUUUGGUUCACCAAUUCAACUGCCAAAACUGUGGUAUGGAUGGCUAAUAGAGACAGGCCUGUGAACGGCCAUGGCUCCAGAAUUUCUCUGCAGAAAGAUGGAAGUAUGGUCCUGACAGACUUUGAUGGCUCAACUAUUUGGUACAUAGACCAUAUAACUGAUGCACAAAAGGCCGAGCUCCUUAACAAUGGGAACCUAAUACUUGUAAACUCACAAGGUAUGGUUCUAUGGCAAAGCUUUGAUUUUCCUACUGAUACACUUAUCUCAGGGCAACCCUUGACUAAGAACUUGACAUUGAUCUCAGCUAAGGGAGAAGGAAUGCAUUCUUCAGGAUAUUACAGUUUAUUUUUCAAUGACUUCGAUAUUUUGAGUUUAAGGUAUGACAGCCCUGAGAUUUCUAGUGUAUAUUGGCCUGAUCCAAGUCCUACUGGGAAUGUAUACCAGAGUGGAAGAACAAAUUACAAUAGCAGUAGAAUCGCCAAUUUUGACGACAUGGGUAGGUUUACAUCCAGUGAUAGAACAAAAUUUUCUGCUUCUGAUAUGGGUUUAGGGAUUAAAAGGAGACUCACCAUAGAUUAUGACGGUAAUUUGAGAUUCUAUAGCUUGGAUGAAUCAAGUGGUUCAUGGAACAUCACUUGGGAAGCUCUCCCCCAGCAGUGCAUGGUUCAUGGGUUGUGUGGCAAAAAUGGGAUUUGUGUAUAUACACCAAAACCCAAGUGUUCAUGUCCACCGGGUUACGAAAAAAGUGACCCAAGUGACUGGAACCAAGGUUGCAAGCCUAAGAUCACCAGGAAUUGCAGUAAAGAUCAAAAGGUUAAACUUGUGAGUCUUCCACAUACAGAUUUCUAUGGAUAUGAUCUUGAUUAUUUUCCAUCCAUUUCAUUUGAAACUUGCAUGAACCUCUGCUUAACAAAUUGUUCUUGUGAGGCUUUUAGCUACAGACUGUCAGGGGAUGGAAUUUGUUUCAUGAAGAGUGAAUUGUUCAAUGGCUACACAUCUCCACACUACAAAGUUACCAUGCAUCUGAAACUAUCAGAAAGUCUGGAAAUUGCAGAUGACUAUACACCCAAUGGAUCUGAUCCCAAUUGUGGGUCAAUUAAAUCCGAGAGUUCUCUGGGUUCUUCUGUAAUGUACAAUACACAGAGCCGAAGAACAACGACAUGGGUAUAUUUGUAUUCGUUUGUGUCUGCCAUUGGUGUAGUGGAAGCUUUGUUUGUAAUUUCAGGUUGGUGGUUUCUUUUUAGGAAACAUGGAAUGCCAAAAUCAAUGGAGGAUGGAUACACAGCAAUAUCAAGCCAGUUUAGGAAGUUCAGUUACACAGAACUGAGGAAGGCAACCAGUAACUUUACAGAAGAAUUGGGAAGGGGAUGCUCUGGUUCUGUUUACAAAGGAAUUUUGGGGGACAACAGAGUAGUGGCAGUGAAGAAAUUGGGAGAUGUAAUUGAAGGAGAAGAAGGGUUUUGGGCUGAAUUGAGCACAUUUGGAAGGAUCAACCACAUGAACCUGGUGAGAAUGUGGGGGUUCUGUUCAGAAAGGAUCCACAAACUUUUGGUCUAUGAGUAUGUGGAGAAUGGGUCACUAGCUAAGCACUUGUUUGGCAAUGUCUACAGUAGUGAUAUAUCCACAUUGCUGGGAUGGAAGGAGAGGUUUAAUAUUGCUCUAGGGGCUGCCAGGGGUUUGGCAUACCUUCAUCAUGAGUGUCUAGAAUGGAUUGUCCACUGUGAUAUAAAGCCUGAAAAUAUACUUUUGGACAGUGAUUUUGAAGCUAAGGUUGCAGAUUUUGGGCUCUCCAAAUUAUCUCCAAGAGGUGGUAGAUCUGGUUUUGAGUUCUCUAGGGCCCGAGGGACGAAGGGAUAUAUGGCUCCAGAGUGGGCAUUUAAUCUUCCUAUUACUGCUAAGGUUGAUGUUUACGGUUACGGAGUUGUACUUCUAGAGAUUGUGAAGGGCGUUCGGCUUUCGAAUUGGGUCAUGGUGGAUGGGGAAGUGGAAGCAGAGCUUAGAAGAUUUCUAAGGGAAGUGAAAGGAAAAGUUGAAAGAGGAGAAGAUUCAUGGGUUGAGGAUGCAGUGGACCCUAGAUUGAAAGGGAAAUUUGAUAGGAACCAGGCUGCAACUAUGGUUGAGAUAGGGAUAUCUUGUGUGGAUGAGGAUAGAAGCAAAAGGCCAUCUAUGGAUGCAGUGGUCCAAGCUCUACUGGAAUGUGAAGCUGAACCAAUAUGAGUCCAUAUUGCAGGCAUGCAGUAAUUGUAUGCAUUCU